AUGAUGGUUGCAUCUAAUACCAUACAUAAAACAAAAUCCACACCAACACAAGAUCUUAGCGAUUUUGCAGCUGCACGUUUUGCGUCAAAAGAAAAGAAUCUAGCGAGUCCCGCUUCACUCAAAGAUGCCAGACAACGCAACUUCCCUCAAGCAGCAUUUCUGAGCGACUCCAGAAAUAUAUGCUUGUCCAAAGAUUCAUAUGAACAGGAGCAUUUACUGAGGAAAGGGCCUGGCGCUUCAGUGCAUCUGAGUCUUGAAGGGCUUAACAAGUCUUUAAGAAAAAUAAAGGACACUGAGAUAUAUGUCAUUUCUUCGCCGGAAGAGCUCAAGCAGCUUCUCGAUUUACACCAUUCGGAAGAAAACCCCAUGCCCUCGCCAGAUGACAUGUUCCCAUACUUGCAUGGAUCUGCGGGUCUCCGAGAAAAGGUGUAUUUCGAUGCAAGGUUUGACCCUUCGUCAGAAUUGCAAUUUCUAGCCGAGGACUCGGAGACGAUCUCCCGACGCUUCCCGCCUGAUACGUUUGCAAAGCCGACAGAACUGGGAUUUCACCUAAUGACUGUGAACAGUCGAGCAGAAAGCAACCCGUACCUCACGAAUUCUGUCGUAAUCGAAGACAUGCUCGUGUUUAGGGAGACUGGAGAUAUUGAUGUUAGCCCAGAGCGCUUGGACCUCUCCAACUUCAAGCAGUUCAAAGACUUCACUCAGACUUUUGAUACUCCGUGCUGUCCUCUGGCACAGACCAAUCGAAACUUCAUGCUGCAAACCACCCUAAUGGCCCCCCUUUCUCAUUUCGUGGUGUACAACAACGAAAUGGAUCUUGCCAGCAACUUCGAAGUCGCAAAGAUUCUCGAGUAUUUGCAAAGCUCGUGCCACAAAAGAAACAUAUAUGUGGUCGACUUUCCAACACGCCAAUGGCCAAAAGUCGACCAAUACUUCACACAGACGUCUGUAUGGCACCGUUCUGGGAAGAAGAAACGCUUCUUCAACAAAAGCACAGAUUUCACCCAGCCCGGCAGCUUGUACUAUUUGGAGCAGAAUUUGGUCUGGCUGGUAUACAACAUGACACAGCCUUUCCCCAACCUAUAUGUGGGCAACGCCUUAAAUUUCAAACAAUCAAUUCCCGGCACCAGAUCAGGAUUGCAACAUGACUUCCAGUUGUACAUAUAUUGCCAUGAAAAAGCACGUAUGCCAUCGAGAAGCCUGCUAAAUCUGAUCUUGCAAGACAUGCCCGCAAAGGGGUUGAAGGAACCUCUUUUUCUUGAGUUCUCCAGCGCGAUCUUCCGAGCUGAAGCCAUGUCGGAAGAUGUUGCAAGCUGCUUCCUCACUUUUUUGAAACUUGUCAGUGUCAUUGUUAAAGAGCACCAACAAAAUGCUCUUAUUCACUCUUACGACGGUUUUUCGGGAACAAGUUUUUUGCUCCUUGGCCUUGGACUUCUCUGGAGAUGUGACUAUGUCGAGGAGAUGGCGUUAGAUCUUUUCCGACAACCAGAGUUUAAGCUUCAACUCUCAUUUUCGGAGUUCCUGGUUCUCAAGAGCCUUGAGGCUCGCAUACAGUUGUUAAAGCCGCAGCUGCAAAAUGCUACAAUUCUCUUACCAGAUCUGUGCUCUGAAACGGGACCUAUCUUGGACCAGCCGUUGGUGCGACCAGCGGAUUGGUUACGAAGCGAAAACGAGACCACUUUCCCCGACUUCAUCCAUAAGAGUCUUUACUUGGGCUCGGUUAGUCAUGCCUCAUCGACAACACUUUUAUCCGCGCUUCAAAUCUCGAAAGUCGUAUCAAUCGGCGAGAAGCCACGUUGGUAUGGUGCUUUGAACUGUACCUUUCGACAUGAUGCAACACCGGCAACUGAAGGCCCCGUGAUAGAGCCGAUAUAUCUGUUCAACAAAGGACAUUCCUCGGUGUACGAGGUCCAAAUCACGUCGCCCGAAACACGAGCUCGUUUGUUUCAUCACAAUGCCGUGCCAGCCUUGGAUUCAUUCAUCUACAUCCAUGGCCUCGAAGAUGAUGGGCGUGACUCGAUGUUUCUGCUUUUUGUUGGAUGUCCCCAAUGGGUCCAAGAAAAGCUUUUGAUUUCCCCUGACCAAAAAUACAAGGCCUUGGUUCUUUGCCGAAUUGGCGUCUCGCGUUCUGCAACGUUGUGUAUUGCUUCGGUCAUGAAACACUUCCACAUGUCGCUAGUGGAGAGCUUUUUAUAUGUGCGGGUACGCCGGCUCAAUGUGGUGAUACAGCCCAACCUCCGGCUUUUCUACGAGUUGUUUCUUUACGACGAGCACCUCCGCUCGCGCCGCCAGCAAAACGAUAAGAAAAGCGGCGAGGCGUUUUUCUGCUGGUGGACGUUCUGCACUGAAAUCCACCGGUUGAAUCAGCAAUAUAUCGAAUGA